GUGUGUGUGUGUGUGUGUGUGUGUGUGAGAGAGAGAGAGAGAGAGAGUGACACACAAGCGUGCACGUACACAUACAGCAGGAAGACGGAAAGAGAGAAGGAGAGGGAGGACCGAAAAUUUGACUGAAGAGUGUGUGAAUGGAUCUCACGGACAUAGACCGAGAAGAGAGAUGAGGUACCGUAGUGUAGGUGAAAAAAUGUCGGAAAAGGAGAAGACAGGCAGGGGGCCAGAGAGGGACUCUACAACGCAGGAUGCCAACAAUAUACGAAGGAAUGUGCCACUUGGGGUCAAGUCAAGCGAGGUUGCAGAUGAUGGCCUUUAACUCCCCAUGGGAGAGAGAGAAGAAGCGUCGUAGUCUUGGCUAUUCGUGCAGUGAACCAUCUCCACAUGCGCAUUGGUACGGAGUAGCUUACCUAUGCAGGCACUGGCAAGUGAGGCAGAUAGGUAUUCCUGCAACAAGUCAAGGGGAAGAGCAAAGUGUGCGUGAGCCAGGGACAUCCAAGCUUGUCAGUUUUCAUCGCGGUGUGAAAAAGGUUGGAUGGUCCGCGAUCUGGGGAGGUGAGGUUGGUGAAGAAGUGGAAUGGAUGGAGGAAAUCUAUUCGCAGGGUUCUCAUCAUGAUGAGAUGGGGGCUAGCCUCCAGGGAGCGGGGCGACAGGGAACCCCCAGCGAGACUCUGCAUCGUCAAGCGAGCCGGGGAUUUUUUGAUUGGCCGCAAUUAAGCGAAACUGGCGGGUCUCGGAUCCCCGCCCGCAGCGUCGGGGCAGCCACCACCCACUCACCCACUCGUUCCUCAUCUCACAUUCUCACUGCUUCCCACGGAUACAGAUCCAUGCCAACGGAUAAACACCCUCAAGAUUCAAGGACAGCCAUGCCCGGUAAGGUACGAUACGGUGUACCUAAAGAUGAGAUGAAAGCUUUGAUACCCCAGGUUAGGGCCAAAUGCCAAGUAUCUACUAUGUACGGCGCCUAAGUUUAGGAUGGGUAUCUUCAAUUGACUAUCGUGUCCUCUGCCAAUACCAAUAUCUCAUGUAUUGAGCGUGCUGCAGACCAUUGAAAGAUCUGCCAUUUUCGAGUUUCUCGCAGCAACGCUGGCCAUAUUGGGUUGAAAAGGCAUCAGAUAUGAUGUCUGCCUCGACGCUUGCGCAAUACGUCGGAAAUGCAAG